AUGUCGCCAGAAAUAACACCAGACACAUUCCUUACUUGCACUUGCACAAGCACAGGGUCCAAUCCAAACCCAGUCCAACCCCCCAAAACAACAAUCUUCUUCAUCUCCGGCAAUCCAGGUCUGAUCGGCUACUACCACCCAUUCCUAUCCCUCCUAUCAAAAUAUCUAACCCCAGAGAAUGAGAAUGACAAUGGAAAUGAUCCACUCUCAUUUCAAAUCUACGGCUGUUCUCUCGGCGGUUUCGAGCUCAAUGAUGAAAAGAACUCAUCUAGCCAUGAAAGCAAAGUCCAAAAGAGCCAGUCCGACGAUUGGGAUUUGGAUUUAGACCUUGAAGAUCAGAUCAGCUUCGUGCAAGGGAAACUUACUACCCUUAUGCGAAUCAAUCCCAUUGCCACUGGAAGCAAACAGAAAGUCAUUCUAAUUGGACAUUCUGUUGGUGCAUAUAUCGCCAUGGAAAUCCUACGCCGCCAUCGCGAGGCUAAUUCCGGAGAGGGACGCGACUUUGAUAUUAUCGGCGGCGCGAUGCUUUUCCCUACUGUUAUCGAUAUUGCGGCUUCAGCGUCUGGACGAAAAUUGACGACCCUAUUAUCAAUAAUCCCUCGAUUCGCCGCCGUAGUCGGGUUCUUCGCGAGACUGCUCACAUUGCUGCUUCCGGCAUCUAUUUUGCGGGCUUUGGUGCGGUUUGUUAUGAAUGAUCCCCCGUCUCAUGCGUUGGAUGCGACUUGUUCCCUUUUAAGAAGUUCUGGUGGUGUGAGGCAGGCUCUACAUAUGGCUGCCGAUGAAAUGCGCACUAUCACUUCUGAUAAGUGGAGUGAUGAUGUCUGGGGUGCCGCAACGGCGCGCGAGCCUCUUACCAAGUUGUUCUUCUAUUUUGGACGGAAAGAUCACUGGGUCGCUGAUCAGACGAGGGACGAGAUUAUUGCGAUGCGGGGGCAACAUAGUGAUAUCAUGGCCCGUAAGACUGCGGAGAUGGUUAAACAGAUUGUGGGCUGA